AUGGAAUAUUCAUGCAUUGAAUUAAAUAAUUUACCUGAUGAAAUCCUUAUGAUUAUUUUUCAAAAAUUGAACAAUAUUGACGUACUUUAUUCUUUCCAUGAUGUCAAUCAGGGACUAAAUAAAAUAAUUCAUGAUCGAGUUUUUACAGGUCAUUUAACUUUUGUCAAAUGGUCAUUAGAUAAUUUUAUUGAUCUAUUUUCUUCUAAUAUAAUGCUUAAUCGAUUUUGUUUACAAAUUUUACCUUCGAUUCAUGAUAAAAUUCAAUGGCUUGAUCUUGAUUUUUAA